AUGGCCGGUGAGGCGAGCGGCGCGUCGCCGAUGGAGGAGGACAAGUUAUGCUUUACGAUUGUGUGCGAUGCUGGCGUGCACCCUGCCCAUACCGGCCUGUCUGCACUCCCGUUCAUUGACCAAGUCGAUUGGAGCUCGGUGGAUGCAUUGCUCAUCACGCACUUCCAUCUUGACCAUGCGGCGGCGCUCACGUACAUCAUGGAAAAGACCAACUUUAAGGAAGGAAAAGGCAAAGUGUACAUGACGCACCCAACCAAGGCCAUCUACCGCUUCCUCAUGUCGGACUUUGUACGCAUUUCGAAUGCUGGCUCAGACCGCAUGCUCUUUGACGAGUCCGAGAUGCUUGCGUCCUGGCGCCAGAUUGAGGCCGUCGACUACCACCAGGAGGUGAUCGUGAGCGGCGGUCUUCGCUUUACGCCGUAUCACGCUGGCCAUGUGCUGGGCGCAUGCAUGUUUAUGAUUGAGAUCGCCGGUUUGCGUGUGCUCUAUACAGGCGACUACAGCCGCGAAGAGGAUCGGCACCUGGUCCAGGCCGAAGUGCCGCCGAUCCGUCCCGACGUGCUGAUCUGCGAGAGCACGUACGGUACGCAGAGUCUCGAGCCCCGGCUGGACAAGGAGAUGCGUUUCACUGCGCUGAUCCACUCUAUUAUCAAGCGCGGCGGGCGUGUGCUUCUGCCUGUGUUUGUGCUGGGCCGCGCUCAGGAGCUGCUACUGCUCCUCGACGAAUACUGGUCGGCGCAUCCCGAGCUGCAUACGGUGCCGAUCUACUAUGCCUCUUCGCUCGCGCGCAAGUGUAUGUCGAUCUACCAAACCUAUAUCCACACCAUGAACCAACAUAUCCGGACGCGGUUCAACAGGCGUGACAAUCCUUUCGUCUUUAAGCACGUCAGCAACUUGCGCAGCCUGGACAAGUUUGAAGACAAGGGGCCGUGUGUCAUGAUGGCCUCGCCUGGAUUUAUGCAAAGCGGUAUCAGCCGUGAGCUGCUGGAGCGCUGGGCGCCUGACAAGCGGAACGGCGUGAUUGUCAGUGGCUACUCGGUCGAAGGCACCAUGGCGCGCGAUAUUCUGAGCGACCCCGACGAGAUUAUUGCGAUGAACGGCCAGCGCAUUCCCCGGCGUUUGUCGGUCGACUACAUCUCCUUCUCUGCGCACGUCGAUUACACCCAAAACUCGCGCUUUAUCGAUGAGGUCAAGGCCAAGCAUAUCGUGCUCGUGCACGGUGAAUUAAAGAACAUGAGUGGUCUACGUGCGGCGCUCCAAAGUCGGUACAGCGGCCGGUCAGAAGAGGUGAAUCUGUACAUGCCGCGCAACUGCGACCCACUGUACAUUGCCUUCCGUCCGGAUCGUACCGCGAAGGUCAUUGGGAAGCUCGCCGCAAAGCCGCCCACGGACGAGAAGCCGAUUGAUGGUCUCUUGGUAGCCAAGGACUUUGCUUACACGGUCCUUGCGCCGGAGGACCUCGCCGAGUUCACCGGGCUGGGAACGAGCGUGAUUGUGCAGCGCCAGCGAGUUGCGCUGAACGUCGGCUGGGACGUGGUGCGGUGGCACCUCGAAGGCAUGUACGGAGCUGCGCAGGAAGGUGUGGACGUUCAUGGGGUGCGCACGCUGCGGAUUAUGAACGUCGUCGAUAUCAAGCAGCCGCGCACGCACGAGCUCGUGCUGGAGUGGGUGUCGAGCGUGUCGAACGAUAUGGUCGCCGACUCGGUGGUGGCACUGUUGUUGGGUAUUGACUCGUGCCCUGCGACGGUAAAGAUGACGAUGCACGAUCACGUCUGUGCGCACCAUACGGAGAAAGAGGACGCGAUGCGGCAGUCGCACCUGGUGCAGGUAGAGUCGCUCACGGCGCUGCUCGAAGCGCAUUUCGGGCAGGUCGAAAUGGUCGAGGUGGGCGGCGUGGAAGGGGUGGCGGACGCCGAGCCACAGCCUGCCAUGGGCGAUGCACCCACCUCGGCACAGCCCGAGCAAGAUGGGACAGCGACCGACACAACCCCAACUGAGGAGGGGACAGCGACCGAUCCCACGACGGAAGAGGGAACGACCACCGACGCCGCGACCGACGCUGCGGCCCCACCCUCGCCGGACGCCGAGGAAGAGUACACACCGGCCGAGCCCAUCAUGGAACCUGCUCGCGAUCCCGAUCUUACUCCACUCGAGUCGCUCCGCCGGACGAUUCGCGGCCCGGCGCGCGGCGCGAUCAAGGUCGAGCUGGACGACGAGCCUGUGCUGAUUGAGCUCGAGAACCUCGCCGUGUACUGCCAUGCGGACGCGCUUCGGCAACGUGUGGAGCGCCUGGUUGCCAUGAUUCGCACGACGAACCAGUCGCUUGCCGACUCCUUUCACCUCGUCCCCCCGAGCUCUACGAUGCUCUUCCAAGGCGAGUACAACGACGUCGAGGCCCCGGAAGAAAAGAUCCAAACUCUGCCUGCAGCUUCGUAG